UUAACAAAUGAUCUUUGAUAAAUAAAACAUUUAUUUAUUAUUCUAUUCCAUAAAAAUCUUUUGUUUUUAGAAUGUGAAAUAAAAAGAGUUUUAAAUUAUAAACCAUACUUAAUGAUACAAAAUCAUAAGCAGAAUAUAAUGCUGAAAUAAUUGAUCUUAAAAAAUCACUUAAUCGAACAAUAUCACAUCACAAAGAAGAACCAACACGAAUAAAAGAUCAAAUUAAUGAAUUACAAAAGCCAUUAGAUAUAACUGAUAAAUAUAAAAAUUUUAUUUUAUUUGAAUAA